CUCUCUCUCUCUCUCUCUCUCUCUCUCUCUCUCUCUCUCUCUGGUGCUGAUUUCCAGAAAGCAAAACCAAAUGUGUCCUCUGAGGUUCAUCUUGGUGUUCUUUUCAGCGAUUCUUGCAGGAUAUUGUGCAUGGAGGACGGUUCGUUCUUCUCCCGGAACUGACAUCAACUCACAGGAUUCUACCAAUGAAAAUAUACCAACCCAAAAAGAAGAGUUCAAUUUGAGAAUGAUGACUCAGAAUGUCUUCUGGGUACUUGUUGACAUGGCCAGCGGGAGAUACUUGUGGAGGAAGAUGAAACAAGAGCAAGUCAAAACUUGUUAGCCAAUUGUAACUGUUUUUUAUUUUUUUAUUUCUUUUAAUCAAGGGUAUAUUACUGCAAAAACAUGCAAAUCUUCUUGAUUUAUUUUCUUUUAUUUCUUUUUCGCGGGGAAGCACGAAGGAGUUGAUGAUUGUGCUUGGUUACAGAGAAAAAUAUAUGAGUUACCAUUCUGCAAAUGUAGUGUCAAUUUUCAUUUACGAGAAAAGAAUGAUCAAAUUUGCACCUA